UCCGGAGGAACUGCACGUCGAAAAGUUGUAUCUUUUUUGGAUAUUGUAUCUUUAAUGGCUCGUAACAGAAAAUUGAAAUCAUCUUUGGACAUCCUUGAAAAAUUUCGAAAUUGACCACUUUGUUUAUCCGCCAGCAAAUCAUCUAACAACGUAGUACUUGCAACAUUUCUUGAUAAAUACAAGUUUGAUGACCAUCGAUGUCUUCGCCUCUUUUUGCUGUCCUUUUUUUUUUUAAUAAACUGUACAUUACAAUGAAACUAGCGCUAGCAACCGCCACAUCAACGUUAUCCAUCUUUGAACGUACGCAGCGCCCGAGCACGACUGGAGCAGCUUCGCACACAGUUGCGCAUCUUGCCUCGUGCGUAAACAAAUUUCAGAAGCAGAACCGAAUGCCUCGGCUUGCCUCAUUCGCGUGCGUGCUCUAGUCUGUACGCACCUUUAUGAAAAUUUUUUACACCACUAGGUAUACUAUUUUGUUCUUGAUAUAAACUUUUGAGAUAAUACAUUUUUUGCGUAUAUCCUUUGAUGUUUUUACUAAUACAGCACUGUUUGUAAUAUGGAUAAGAUAAGUAGAUAAAUAACUAUUUUAAGAUGUAUCUAAUCUGUUAUACCUCUUGAUGUAGGUAUAAAUGCGUGUGCAGCCUGUCUCAUAGACAAGUAUUAUCAUCAUUUUGAAGACAUGUAUUUUAAACUUGUUUUGGCUUGUGUUGGUUUCAUGUGUCUAGGUAUUGCCUCAGGUAAAUACUCAUACAAGUGCUGGGAGUGCUAUGGUAUGUACGACCACGAUCCUAAAGCCGUUGACGACUGUCGCCACUUUGUUAAUGUUACCGAAACUAGCACUUGUGCAGAAGGUGGGAUGUGCGUAUUUUAUUAUGGAAAAGUUAAAAGAAACGGGCAGGCCGUUGUUAGAACGGGAAGAAUGUGUUCUCUAUCUUCUUGUUAUAGCAACAGCGGAUGGAACGCAGAAAACAUAUACUGUUCGGAGUGCACAGGCAACUAUUGCAAUUCUGAUAAAUAUUGAUCAAUAAGACCAAGCUUGUAUAAGGAUCUUUCUGCAUACUACUAUCACUAAUUAUGUUAUUGUUCUUUUUUCU